AUGUCGGGCAACAACUCACCAAUAAACGCGCAGCUGUUCCCCGAUGCUCGCGACGUGACCAAGGACGCGCUUCAGACAUUUGUGGAGCUCCCGGAGUGCACGUACAUGAAGGGUCUGGGCUCGUCUCAGCAGGCGGAAGUCAUGGCGUGUGACUGUAAGCCCGGGCCCACGGCGUGUGACGAGGACAGCGGGUGCAUCAACCGACUCACUUCCAUCGAGUGUGUUCGGUGCUGCAAGGGCUGUCAGAACAAACGGUUCCAGGGCAAAAAAUACGCAUCGGUGGACGUGAUCAGCACAGAAAAGAAGGGGUUUGGACUGCGGGCCACCAAGGACAUCGCCGCCGGCGAAUUUGUCUACGAGUACGUGGGCGAGGUGAUUGACGAGCCGACCUUCAAGGAGCGAACGGCCAUCUACACGACCCAGGGCGUCAAGCAUUUCUACUUUAUGAUGCUGCAAAAGGGCGAGUUCAUCGACGCUACCGCCAAGGGAGGACUGGGUCGGUUCUGCAACCAUUCGUGCGCGCCUAAUGGCCACGUGGAAAAGUGGGUCGUGGGCAAACGGCUCAGAAUGGGCAUUUUCGCAUCUCGACACAUUCAAAGGGGAGAAGAGGUCACGUUUGACUACAACGUGGACCGGUACGGAGCCGAGGCCCAGGCGUGCUACUGCGGCGAGAAAAACUGUGUCGGCUUUCUCGGCGGAAAAACGCAGACGGAAAGCGCCAGCAAGGUCUCCGGCACCUUGACCGCUGCUCUGGGUCUCACGUCCAGAGAUAUCAACGCCAUUCUGAGAGGCAAAAAGUCGGCCGAGGACUUGCGACCCCGAGACCUGACCGUGCAGGACGUGUCCAAGGUCAUGGCGUCUCUCAUGAUGAACCAGGAAGCCUGGCAGGUCAACCUCAUGCUGCAGCGUAUUGCUCUGUGCACAGACACGUCCGUCCAGGCAGCAGUCAUGAAGAUGCAUGGAUACCAGAUCUUCGCGCAGAUUCUGACCGCCACGUGGGGCGACAAUCCUCUUGGGCUGGACGACAGCGACCGCGUGAACGUGACGCUGAUGCUGCUGCGAGUCCUGCAAAAGUGGCCGCGAAUCACAAAGAACAAAAUCUCCAGUUCGCAGAUUGAAAACGUGGUCAAGAGCCUGACGUCCAACGACAACAGUGACAUUGCCACCAUUGCCCAGGAGCUCUUGUCUGAAUGGGCAAACCUGAAAAUGGCUUUCCGAAUCCCACGACGAAAAAUUGAUCCCGACGGAGACGAGCAUUCGGUCUCUAGAGGUACCAGCGAGGAGGUCACCAAGGAGAGCUCCAAGUCUGAGGAGCCCAAUGAUGUGGAAGUUGUCAAGGUGAACAAAAAAGCAGAUAACAACGGAAACGGCGUUACUGAUUCGCCGUCCACCCGCUCGGAAUCCCCCUUCACCUUCAUCCCCACCCCCUACUCUAACAAAACGGCCCCCAAGGGCCCCAAGAAGGCCGUCAAGCAGCCUGCAUCACCCAUGGUGCCUCCAAGGAGCCUGCCUAAGGGCUGGCAGUUUGCGAACGACCCGCAGGGCAAGGUGUACUACUACAAUCUCGAGCUGAACAUCCAACAGUGGGAUUUCCCCAAGGCGUCACGUGCGAGCUCACCCUCGACCCCCAAGGGCCCCAAGGGCCCCAAGGGUCCCCGUGGCAACCGUCGAGACGAGAGACGGGACAAUUCCGAGACCCGAGAGCCGCUUUCUUUGCAGUCGCAGCGCGAGAGUGAUCUCCAGCGCAUCAUUGAGCAGGCUCGGUUGCAGGAGGUGAAAAAUAACAGCGAGCCGGCUCCGUCUGCGUCUGCCAAGCCCGUGAACGCGCAGGCGCAUCGGCUGACUAAACUGCUGGCCAAGGUGGUGCCCAAUCAAGUGUCCAAAUACGACGUUGAUCGGGAGCGGGCGAAAAAGUGUUCUAAGGACAUUGUGCAGAUUCUGGUGGACAAGGAGCUGAAACGUCCGGAGCCCAUGACUGAGAUUAGUGAUGAGAAGGCCAAGAAAAUCAAGGAGUUUGUCAAGGGCUACAUGGGCAAGGUGGUCAAGCGGUUGGAGGAGAAGGAGGGUGGGGCCAAAGAUUUUGGCCGUGGUCGACAAGGUAACCGACGAGACUCUGAGCGGCAAUCCGACCGACGUGGUAGACAAGGUCAGUCGGACCGCGAUCACUCUGACAAUCACGGACGAAAAAGAAAGGGCGAAGAAAACCAGCCGUAUGAAGCUGGACCAAUGUAUGACGACGAAAGUGCCGAAACGUCGACGGAGACGGUCAAGAAGCCCAAGGUUGAUAUGGAGAUUGAUUUGGAGUGA